CCGGGAUAACAUGAUUAGCGCUCCAUUAGGUCCGCGACUGAGCACCGCUUGAUGCGGCACAGGGACCAUUGUGUCGGGAGAGAGAGGACACGCUGGGGGGUGGGGGAGACUUCACGGCUGAUCCGCUCCAUGGAUCCUAUUUGCUUCCUAUUGAUCUGUUUAAAGAAGUUACAUACUGACAGCUUUUUUUCAUGCCGGCGCGUCUCUGGCACCAGAGAGGUUGUGUCACCGCUUUCUGGCUCAGAUGAAUUGACAGCCUUAUUAAUGAUAAGAGCUUCCCCUUAAGGAGAUUGUACAUGAUGAAAGAGAAAAAUCCGGGAAAGCCUCAGAGGACUGAUUCGGUUCCUUCCCUUCACUGCCCUGCUGGGAGUUACUAGCUCUGCCGUUCCAGGUGAUGAUAUUUGUUAACCUCAGGGGAACUCACAUAGGAAGUGGGCCAAUCUACUCCAAUGGGGUUUGACAACGAGACCAACCAGACUCUUCCAGACGUGGCCCCAUACAGCCUCCGGGUCUCCCUGCCGCUCACUGUGCUGGUGGGAAUCAUGAUCUCGCUGACAGUGUUUGGCAACGUGCUCGUGGUCAUAGCUGUGUUUACAAGCCGGGCUCUGAGGGCUCCGCAAAACUUAUUCUUAGUGUCUUUGGCGUCGGCAGACAUUUUGGUUGCUACCCUCGUGAUGCCCUUUUCCUUGGCCAAUGAGCUUAUGGGAUACUGGUACUUUGGCGAGGUGUGGUGUGAGAUAUAUCUGGCACUUGAUGUUCUUCUCUGCACCGCCUCCAUCGCCCAUCUUUGUGCCAUCAGCUUAGACCGCUACUGGUCCAUCACACAGGCCAUCGAGUACAACCUGAAGAGGACGCCGCGGCGCAUCAAGUGCAUCAUCUUCAUCGUGUGGGUCAUUGCGGCAGUUAUCUCCUUCCCGCCUCUCAUCACCAUGGAGAAAGAAAACAGCGAGGAGGAGCCUGUGUGUAAGAUCAAUAAUGAUAAAUGGUACGUCAUUUCUUCGUGCAUCGGCUCCUUCUUCCUCCCCUGUGUCAUCAUGGUCCUGGUUUACGUGCGGAUCUACCAGAUCGCCAAGAAGAGGACGCGGGUGCCACCGGGAGACCGGAAGCGGAAGGAGAGGCCGAAGACGGCGACGGUUGCUGCCGCCAACCAGAAGGAGAACGGCGUGGGUGCAGGUGACACUGAGGAGCGCCUGUGCCACGAGAAUCUGAAUGGGGAACGGGACAUCGAGCUGAAGGAGGGAGUGGGAGGAGAAGGAGGAGCCGAUGAGGAGAAAGAUGAGGUCAACGGGGACCUUGAAGAGUCAUCCUCCUCUGACCACAAAGUGAACAAUCCCUGCUCCAUCAAAAAGAAAGUGGCCAAGGGGAAAACCAAAGUGAGCCAAAUCAAACCGGGGGAUGAUGGCGUCCAGAAGAGGACAUCAAGCACCAAGGGCAGCCGCUGGAAGGGUCGACAGAAUCGGGAGAAACGCUUCACCUUCGUCCUGGCCGUGGUCAUUGGCGUGUUUGUCAUCUGCUGGUUUCCUUUUUUCUUUACGUACAUGCUGAUGACGCUGUGCGAGUCCUGCCUGGUGCCCGACACCCUAUUCAAGUUCUUCUUCUGGUUUGGCUAUUGCAACAGUGCGCUGAACCCCAUCAUUUACACCAUCUUCAACAAUGACUUCAGGAGGUCAUUCAAAAAGAUACUGUACAGGAGGGACACUAGAAGAUAUGUAUGAUGGACUUGAUCUUCAUGUACAUACCUUUUUUUUUUUUUUACUAUAUUGUACAUCAAAUAUAAAAUACAUAGACCAUUGCGCAUGGGUCGAUGGCUUGUACGCUCUCGGUGUCACUGCUUGAAAAGGUUUUCCCAGGAUGAGCUUUACGUGCAGCAUCUUUUCAAAACAUCCAACACAACCAUCACAGAGAGAGUCUAGAACAGAUCACACAACCACAGUGAACCCAUGCUUUUUUAAAAUUGUUAUUAUUAUUUUUAUAAAUGAAACACACAUAGUGAAGUCAUGCUAGGUGUUGUACUUAAAGACAAACAUGUUGUUGAAAAUUGACCUGUCUGAAUAUUUGUCUAUUCUUUCGAUGUUACGGAUACAGUAUUGCCAUUUUGUAUAAUAUGAUGAUAAUGAUGGUGCCGAUGGUUAGGAUGACAAUGACAAUUACGAUGAUGACAAUGUUGAUGACGAUAAAGAUGAUGAUGUUGAUGAUGAUGAUGAUGAUGAUGGUGAUGAUUAUGAUGCAGUUGGGGAAGA